AUAGUUCACAAAUGCGUAACUAUGUAAUGUAAUUGUUAAUCACGAAUACUCGUCAGCGAAAACCGGUUUUAGAAGUUGGGCGUUGAGAAUAAAGACAACAAUUACUAACGAUUAAAUUUUAUCAUUCAUACACAAUUUAAACAAGCGGUGAAAAUCUGCCUGUAGGAGGUACGAAACCUCUCAUAGGCAAUGCCAGUACUUGACUAUCGCCUUCGCGCGCUCGCUCUUCGUAUGAAAAGAUAAUCUUUCUUUAGUGUUCGUUUCACAACGCUGGGGAGCGGAAAACCGAACGCAUUCCAUAUUUAAACAUUUAAAAUAAAUUCAAUUUAAUUUGCGCGCGACAUUCUCUUUUUGAAAAACGUUUCUGCUAGUUCAUCACGCGGCCAUAUUGUUUCCGCCUUUGUGUUUUGAACGGCAAAAGUUCCUCGCUGCAUUUUCACUAUUAAUUUUAGUGCGCGCAUAGACGGUGGCGCCGCGUCAUUCUGUGAAAAUAAAUAUAAAUCGUGUCUUUGAUUUUUAAAGGGAAACUACAAACUAGUCAGUGCUAUUACAAAAUUUAUGUCGGACAGAUAUCUUUUGUUUGACGACACAAAAUAAGCGAAAAUAAGUUUGACUUUGUGAUAACGACACGGAUUCGAGUGAUUCAAGGCGGAGUUUUGUUUGUGCUGAUGAAUAAUUAGAAAUCUGGAGACAACAAUGGGCAAAGAAGUCCAAAAGCGAUGGCGCUCGAUCCGCGACUCGUACACGAAGGCGUUCCGGCAGGGCAAGUGCGUGCUGCCCGAGCAGUGCCCGCCCGGCAGCCGCCGCUACCAGUACCACCGCCAGAUGGCCUUCCUUCUGCGAGCACUGCAGAACAAGAAACCGAAGUACGAGUGCCAUUCCGACACAUACUCCAACUCGCCCCAGCACCCGCCACCCGAAGACAUACCAAAACUUAACGCAGAACUAGAAAAACCUCUAGAUCUCAAAACAAAACCUGACAAACCAGAAGCAGAAAAACCAGAAACCGUAGACAAAUGCAACCAAGCAGUUAUGGCGGAAAAGCCGAUUGAGAUCAAAAACCCAUCGCUCGAAAUCAAAAUCGACGCCAACUCGAUCCUCCCAGACGAUCAUUUCGAUGACGAUAAACUGUUCAUGAAUUCUCUGCUUCCACUUUUCAAGAAGAUGGACGAUGAUACAAGGCUGCUGUGUAGAAUUGAGGUUUUAAAGAUUAUCAGGUACGCAUUACAAGGACACAAGUGCUUCGAAGCGUUGAGGAUGGCGGAAGACAGCUUCUUCAAGAACAAGAUCAGUGGGAUUCUGAUGAAGGAGGAGAUCCCAGACACUCCAGUCAGCACACCAAAAGCGACGGAGUCUAAGUUGUCUAUGACUACCAGAUCAGCUGAUGGCAGCAGACCUGUGAGGAAACGGAAGACCAGAUCACCUUCUCCAACUCAAGUGCCAGUCAAGCGGAGAGGCCCGGGCCGCCCUAGGAAGGUCCGCCCUCCGCCAUCGGACUCUGAAGAAGAACACCAUACAACGAGGAAACGGUGCCCCAAGAUGAAGGUGGUCCCCGUGGAGGUCCCACACGUUAUGAGCGAGAUGGAUGAAUCGCUCAGUACUGCUACUAGCGUCGCGCAGCUUUCCACGCCGCUGUUUAUGAAGAUGUACAACUUGGAACGCUCAAAAUCGUCUCUAGAAAAGUCACAGAGUAUGCACGUGUCGAUCAAGACGGAACCAGUAGACGACACGACCACCUAAGGAGGUGUAUGUCGUCCUGUAGUGUAUUUGUGAAUAAGUUUUCAGUCUGUGUCAUGAGAGAUUUGUAGGCGAGAAAUUCGGUAAUUUUCAAUCGUAUAUCCUUGGUAAUACUGCAAUUUAAGUCACAUCACUUAACUGAGUUUUAGCAUUAAAAAGAUAAAAUCACUUAGCUUAUACAUUAGUUUUAGCAUCCAAAAAAUGGAUAGUAACUGAUAUGACACUCUUGCAGUGGAUGUCGUAAAAACUACCAAAGGAUUAAUACGCGAACAUCAGGCCUCCCUAACCCGUCUGGCUAGCGUAGGGAAUGUAGGCGAAAUCCUCCAUUUGCCUCUGGAAAAUAAGCAUCGUGCACGUGAAGAUCCAUAAAAUGUUCAAAUUUUUUUUUUGUUCCAGUUUUUAUAAUUGUGUCACUCGAAUUCAGUCAUUUUUGCGUGGAAGUUAUUGCAGUAUUACCUCUAUGGCUCAAUAUAAAUAGUGUGAUUAUUUGGACUAUAUUGCUACCAUAGCAUUUUCAUUUGUUGAAGAAAAACUUCAAAUUAUCAGAAUGUUCCUGUAUGUUAUUAAAAUUAUUAGAAGUUAUUGUAUUGCUUUUGAAUUUGAUUUCUGAUUGUGAUAAAUAUAAAUAAUUUGAUUUAUAUUUUUCUCUUCUCAAUCUCAUGACACUAGCAAAACUUAUAGUCAUAUCUUGCUGAUUGUUGAUGAAAGAGAAAAUGUGAUAUUUUAUAAUGUUAGAGCUUGGCCAUUUAGGUUCAUAACUAUUAUCCUAAGAUAUUUUUAAGUGUAUAUUGUAUUUAUGUAGUUAUUAACCACACCUCAACGAAUUAGUGUACCACAGUGUAGAGUAAUUGUCAUCAUCAAACAUCAUAAAACUUUGAAGUUUGUAGCAUUUUAACGACAUCCUUAUACUCUUUCAAGGUGUUUAUA